UGUGCUCGGAAUCUGAUGUUUAUUCUUUUCAGCACUGUUUAGAUACCGACAACAAUAACACAUAAAAGAUCCAUAAAUUAAAACAGUGUCAAAAAAUCGUGUCUCAAAAAUGAGGUCAAAAUCGUUACCCAUAAUUCAAAUUCUUUUCCUGGCUUGUCACUGCUCAGUAAGAUUCACUUCUGCGAAAGUUGCAGGUUUCGGGAAGCCUUCGGGAGGAGUGAAAACUCCUUUGGAAGAGAGUGACAAAGGAAUGCCUCUAACUCACCCAGCUGUCAUGAUUCCACUAAUCGGCGUUCUGAUCAUGGUAAUGGUCUUCAUUGUGGCAUGUUGUCUCAAGUUGUUCUCAACAGGGGAAACUCCGUCAAAACCUGCACAACCCAGACUUCAGCUAGGACGCAAAAAUCGAAGCCGAAGCCGAACCCCCCAACCGGAAUUUGUGGGGAUGAGUAAUGCCAAGGAUUUGCCCUACGACUGUUACAUGCCUGCUGCUGAGCAAAAUACUACCAAUAAGAUGGACAUUUUGAUAAAUAAAGAAGCAUUGGUAUAGUUUGCAUACUAUUUAUUUA